AUGGUGCGAAUUCGGAUGCGAUUCGCCGUACGGCUGUUCGUGCCAACAGCCGCACCCGACAGACGCCCAACAGCAUGCGGCGACGAUUCGCACGCCGCACGGGCAUCCAACCUGCUGAAUGUAGCCGCGCGGCUGCCGUACCGGUCUGGCGGCCGCAGCCAAUGGCAGCGCUGCAUCGUAUGACGUCAACGUCCUCCUCCGUCUCGCCAGCGCAGACUACAUCGACGCCAUUGCUUUGGACGACUGUGUUUUCGAUCGAGGAAGUUUUCGCCAUGAACCAAGCCGCAGUGCAAAAUGAACUGUUGAUUUCGCUCGUUCACGGGCAGCCUGUGCUGUGGGAUCAGAGGCUGGCGGCCUACAAGAACCUUGAUGCGCGCACGGCUGCGUGGGUUGCCGUCGCGAUAGGCCUAGGCCUAGCUGGGACGCAAGGUGACGUCAACGCAAUAAGCAAACGGUGGCGCAAUCUUCGCGACACAUUUUGUAAAAAAUUGCGCGAAGCGAAGAAGAAAAGCGGCGCUCCUGCUGGUGAGCCAGUAAGCUCAUGGAAGUACUUCACACUGAUGAUGUUCCUGCGGGACAUAGUGGAGCCUCGUGUGACCACCAGCAACAUGGACGCACUAGACAACGACUCUGUGAGCGAAAUUCUUGGUGGAGGCAGCACGUUUGAAUCACCAAGAGAAAUGUUAUUAGACAUGGUUGAAGACACGGACACACUUUCAUCGAACUUGACUCCUGCAUCUCGGACUUCUUCCGCCUUUUCAUUUAAUUCACCAUCUUCUGCAGAGGCAUCGAAAUCCGUGACCCCUGCCUCUCAGACUAGCUCUCCCGUUUCAUUCCAUUCACUACCUUCUACAGACGCCAUUUCCUCCGCAUUUACACAGAACAAAAGCGCUUUUGCAAAUGUAACCCGUAACUCGAAAAGAAAAAAAAAACGCAGACACAAUCCUCAAUGACAUCGACAAACAGCUAGAAACAUCAGUUACAGACAACCAACAUUUUCUUCUCUCACUGUCUAGCCAAAUGGAAAAAAUUCCACCCCAUUUACUGGGGCUGUGCAAGAUGCACAUCAUGGAUAUAGUCAACCAUUAUGAGGCUGGGGUGGUGCCAACCCAAUUACUUCCACUGCAGCCACCACAGCCACUGUAAAUCGACUGAAAAACUACAAGCCUAAUAAUAAUAUCUGGAGUUUAACGUCCCAAAACCACGCUAUGAUUAUGAGAGACGCCGUAGUGGAGGGCUCCGCAAAUUUCGACCACCUGGGGUUCUUUAACGUGCACCUAAAUCUACGUACACGGGCCUCAAACAUUUUCGCCUCCAUCGAAAAUGCAGCCGCCGCGGCCGGGAUUCGAU